AUGGGUCAAAGUACUGGAGCGGUGAAUCAAUACAUUUCGCUUCUCUUCAAUUAUCUCGCCAUUUCACAAUGUUCUCUUUCGUCUCCGGAAACGUGGCCCAGAGAUUAUGGAGAUAUUGCGAUUAGAAAGGGUUUUGAGGAAUAUGACUUCAUUAUCGUCGGCGCCGGAUCUGCUGGUUGUGUUCUUGCUAAUCGUCUCAGUGAAAAUCCACAAUGGAAAAUCCUCCUUUUGGAAGCAGGAGGAGAUCCUCCGAUUGAGUCAGCUAUAAUUGGACUAUCAGUGUCUCUGACGAAGACACAAUAUGAUUGGGAGUAUUAUACGGAACUACCGCAGAAACCAGGAUUUACUAGAGUAAAUUUUGGCUAUUGGCCAAGAGGAAAGAUGUUGGGAGGAUCGAGUUCAAUGAACGGAAUGCUUUAUGUGAGGGGAAACGAAGACGACUACGAUAACUGGGAAGCACUCGGAAAUCCAACUUGGGGAUUCGCAAACGUCUUGGAAUACUUCAAGAAAUCCGAGCAAAAUCACAAUCCGGAAAUCGCUGAUGCCUUCGGUGGAUAUUAUCACUCAAAGGACGGUUUAUUGUCCGUCGAACUGUACAAGGAUAACGACACAUUUAAUCAAGACUUCAUUGAAUCAGCACAAGAAAUGGGAUUCAAAUUCAUUUUAGACAUUCACGCAAAUGAACAUAUUGGAUUCACAUUCUCGCAAGGAACCAUCAGAUCAGGAGUCCGAGAAAGUACUGCCGCGGCUUUCUUGCGUCCUGCCAUGAAUCGUCCUAAUUUGCACAUCGUUAAAUACGCGCACGUCACGAAACUCGAGAUUGAUAAUAGAGGAAAAGUUUCAGGAGUGUCAAUGGUACUCCGAGGAAAGAAAAAACUGAAGGCUUUUGCAAGGAAGGAAGUGAUCUUAAGUGCCGGAGCCAUUAAUUCGCCACAAAUUCUAAUGCUUUCUGGGAUCGGACCUGCUUCUCAUCUUCAAGAAAUGGGAAUUCCAGUCAUUCAAAGUCUUCAAGUUGGAAAGAACUUGCAAGAUCAUACCAUAGUGCCGUUAGUAGUGAAGCUCGAUGAAUCCACGGCAACUUCUCUUAAUAGUGCUGAAGCGCUGGAAAGUUUUGCUGAGUAUUUAAUGCGUCACACAGGAACUUUGGCCACAACAGGAACGAUUCAAACAAUUGGAUAUGUCAAUGUUCAUGAUCCUUUGUCCAGAUUUCCUGAUUUUCAAUUCUAUCAACUGUUAUUCCACAAAGGUCAACAAGACAUUCUUUUUUCCUUCAUUUUUCAAUAUUUGGGUUUUACUCAAGAAAUAUCAAGAAUUAUUGCUGAUGAAGCAAAGACAUCAAAUGUCCUUAUAAUGUCUCCAUCGAUGUUGAAAGAAAAAUCACGGGGUGAAAUUCUAUUGCGAAGUGCCGAACCGACAGAGAAACCAAGAAUUUUUGCUAACUACUUUUCUGAAGACUCUGACGUGAAGGCUUUUGUUAAAGCAAUUCGUUUGUAUCUCAAAUUUCUAAAGACAAACACAUUUAAAAGCCACGAAGCUGAACUUUUCAUCCUUCCACUUCCCGAAUGCGAUUUACUGACAUUUGACAGUGACGAAUAUUGGGAAUGUUAUUGUCGUGUCAUAGUAACGACAGUUUUUCACCCAGUUGGGACAGUGAAAAUGGGUCCUGAUUCAGAUCCUGACGCCGUUGUCGAUCACAAACUAAGAGUCAAAGGCAUUAAAGGUUUGAGAGUUAUUGACGCGAGUGUAAUGCCAAGAAUUCCUAGUGCAAAUACAAAUGCGCCAACAAUUAUGAUCGGAGAAAAAGGUGCAGAUUUCAUCAAAGAAGAUUGGUAA